AUGGCAAUUAUGAAGAUGCAACCUAAAGCAGGCGACAACGUACAUUUAAAUACUCUCAUAAUUAGAGGCAUGUCGGAAGUUCAGACUCCGCGAGUAGACACAUGCCCGACGUGUGACUCUUCUAAAAUCGAAAUAGAUACUGCUCCAACUGAAGUAGUAAAAGACCUCGCUAUGCAAAAGUUGGACUUUCAUCACAAGCAAGCUGAGGUGGCCAGAAAACUAACGAAUAAUGAUGAAGCAGACUCUAGAUGCCAUAAUUCAGAUGUUCGAGUGUUUCAAUUCGACCUCCAGCAACAGAUGUACCUCCCAACAUUAACCCAUACACAGAUGUACUACAGUCGUCAGCUGGCGUUUGUCAAUAUGGGAAUUCACUUGGAGGACGAAGGAAAGGGCAUCAUGUUUCUCCGGAAUGAAAUUGUUAGGCAAAGGGGUUCCAACGAGAUCGCUUCCUGUCUUUACAAGUUUUUCACUUUUAGUGAAAUAGGAUACACUACAGAUAAAAAGAAAUUAAUUUUGUGGGCAGAUAACUGGUGGACAAAACAAGAACCAAGCUGUACUUGCUAUGUACCUCGUUUUAAUUGCAAAAGGUUUCUUUUCAGAAAUUACUCAUAA